GUACCUCCAACAAAGUAUGAUGAGAAACCAAAGCCUGGCGACCUGAUAGAAAUCUCCCGUGGCACCUACCAGCAUUGGGCAAUAUACAUUGGCAAUGGCUAUGUUGUUCAUUUGGCCCCACCAUCGGAGGUUCCGGGCGCGGGCAUCAACAGCAUGAUGUCAGUCCUGGCAGACAUGGCCAUUGUGAAGAAGGAGGAACUGUGGGAGGUGAUUGGCGAAAGUUUUUGGAAAAUCAACAACAUACUGGACGGCAAGUACGAGCCCCGCCCCGUCUCCAUCAUUGUGAGGGAUGCCAUAGAGCUUGUGGGCGAGGUUAUGCCGUACUGCCUGAUUCGUAGAAAUUGCGAGCACUUUGUCACCCAGCUGCGUUACGGCAAGGGCCAGUCCCGACAGGUCCGUCAGGUGGGAGAAGCCGUCAUGGUUGCAGGUGGACUGACUCUGGGUUUUUUGGGCAUAGCAGCUCUGGCAGCAACUUUGUUCGGCGGCAACAAGGACAAGCACAAACAGUGA